AUGGCAUCCAGCGAUCCAGAAAAGACAGUAGCAACAGAUUUCCCAACCCAUUCCCCAAGUUUGGGUCCAGAUGACAUCUCCCCAGCCACAGCAUCGCACAUAGAUGACAACUACGAGCUCUACAAGAACGGCAAAGAUGUCGAAUUCGACCCCGCAGAAGAGAAACGAGUGUUGCGAAAGAUCGAUUUUAGGAUUAUACCUAUCCUGUUCGUGACAUACAUGCUACAGUACUUGGAUAAGAAUAGUAUCAAUUUCUCGAGCGUGUAUGGGUUGCAGAAGGGCACGCAUUUGAAGGGACAGGAUUACUCAUGGUUGGGCUCGAUAUUCUACUUCGGAUACCUGUUCUUCCAAUUUCCGUCUGGAUAUCUGCUGCAGAAGUUGCCGAUUGGGAAAUUCUUGUCAUAUGCUACGAUUGCUUGGGGCAUUAUCCUCAUCACUACACCAGCAUGCCACAACUUUGGUGGAAUUGCUACCAACCGCUUUCUGCUAGGUGCUCUUGAAGCUACAGUCAACCCAGGCUUCGUACUCUUAAUGUCAAUGUGGUACACCGCGGCCGAACAGCCCCUCCGCCUCGAAAUCUACUACUCCACCAACGGCAUUGCUACCAUGUUCGGCGGCCUCAUCGGCUACGCAGUCGGACACAUCACAUCCGGUCUCCAGAAAUGGAUGUACGUCUUCAUCAUCUUCGGCAGCAUCUCCAUCGCCUGGGGCAUAAUUUCCCUCCUCGUCCUCCCAGAUCUUCCUUCAACCGCCAAAUUCCUGACCCCCGAAGAGCGAACCAUAGCCGUCAACCGAGUAUCGAAGAACAAACAAGGAGUAAAGAAUAGACAUUUCCAGAAAUAUCAAGCGUGGCAAACGGCCAAGGAUCCGAAGACUUGGAUACUGUUCAUCAUAGCUGUUGGUGCCCAAGUUCCAAAUUCUGCUUUGACGAGCUUUACGUCUAUCAUUAUUGACUCUUUUGGGUUCUCAACGUUAGGAAGCCAGUAUUUGCAGAUUCCGGGCGGAGCAGUGCAGUUCCUAGCCUUGAUUUUUGGAGGUUGGGUCUGUACUCGCUGGCCGAAGAAUACGAGAUGUGCUACUAUGGUUUUUGCGAAUUGUGUUUGUAUCAUUGGAGCGGGACUCUUGGUUGGACUACCAAGUCACAACAAAUGGGGACGUUUGGUGGCGCUUUGGUUGUGCUAUUUCCAAGGCUUGGGAUUCAGUUUGAGCUUGACUAUGGUGAGCAGUAAUGUGGCAGGAUAUACCAAGAAACAGCUUACGGGAGCUGUUCUCUUUACUGGAUAUUGUGUUGGGAAUAUCAUUGGUCCGCAGACGUUCAUUGCGAAGGAAGCUCCUGGAUACCAUAGUGCAUACAUUGCUAUGCUUGUCGGGUAUAGCGUCAAGUUAUUGAUGGUUAUCGUUUUGUACAUUUACAUGUACCGCGUCAACAAAUCAAGAGAUGCGGAGCACGCAAGUCAAGGCGAGCUCAGCGAGGAGGAGGAGCGUGAAGCUAUUGAGAAGGGGAUGCUGGACCAGACUGAGGUCGAUAACAAGGGCUUCAGAUAUAUUUUGUAG